AUGGCCGACGCUCGUGGCGACGCCGACGCAGCAGCCGAAGAUGUGGUGGAGCUGCAGGGUGAGGGCGCGGUGACCGCGGAUGUCGGCGGCGUCCACGGUGGUGCGGGGAAACUCGCAACCACUGCGGAUGUCGCGGGCUCCGCCUCAUCGAUGCAGAAGGUGACGGCGUCGAGCGGCGCAGUACAUCCCGUGCCCCCGUUGCGCCGCCUGCUGUGGAGGAGCAGCACCGCUGUCGGGUGCGGCAAGCCGCAUUUCCUACCUAGUUAUUCAGAUAAUGCCCAGACAAUGUGUUUUCUGCGCCACGCUUCGCGCAUCUCCGGCCUGCGGUGCGCUCGCGGCCCCCGCAGCAGACCGCCCCUGGCCCUACUCCUCAUGGGCUCCCGCGCCGGUGGCUCGCCCUCACCUGCAGCUCUGCACCACGGCCGCCUCCGCGCGCUGCUCACACCGACAGACCUGGCCUCCUGCUGUCUGCUGCUGCUCAACCCCGCCAGCGCGUCCAUGACCUCCGCGCCUGCUCUGCCCGCUCCUCCGCGAGCCCGCAUCAGGGCCCCGCCGGCCUCCGACCCGCUGCGUCCGUGCUCGAGGAGCACCACGCUCGUGCUGCUGCGCCCUGGAGUGCCCCUCCCUCUGCUCCGCCCGGGCUCCCCGCGAGAGCCGCCAACGGCCUCCGGCUGGCCACCGGCUCGGGCCCCGCUAGCCGCCGCUUCUCCAGCUGGCUCCGCCUCGGGCCACGGCCAGGUGCUCCACGCCCGCGGCCGGCUCCCCUGCGCCUCCUUGCCUGCGGCUCCGCCUGCUCCGCCCGUCGCCGUCUCCCGCGCCGCUUGGCCGCACCCCAUCGCCGGCUCCCCCGCCGCCUGCACCGCAUCCGCCGCCGGCCGCCGGGUCUCCCCUGCGUACGCCUCCGCACCCGGCCGCCCCCGCGGGCCGGCUCCGCCUGCUCGCCGCCUCGCGCCUCCGGCUCCUCCCCUGUGA